AUGCCAAGAGAAUUAAUUACAAUUCAAACAGGACAAUGCGGAAACCAAAUUGGAAUGGAAUUUUGGUCCCAACUUUGUGCUGAACAUGGUAUUAGUAAGGACGGAAUACUUGAAGAUUUUGCGACGGAGGGAGGUGAUCGAAAGGAUGUUUUCUUUUAUCAGGCUGAUGACGAACAUUACAUCCCCAGGGCGCUAUUACUAGACCUUGAACCUAGAGUUAUCAAUAACAUCUUGGCUUCUCCAUAUUCAAAUUUAUAUAAUCCUGAGAAUAUUUAUCUGUCAAAAGAUGGUGGUGGUGCCGGUAAUAUUUGGGCUUAUGGGUUUUCGCAAGCAGAAAAAGGAUUCAUGCUUCUUCAUUCAAUUGCCGGAGGAACAGGUUCGGGCAUGGGAUCAUUCCUCCUGGAACGACUCAAUGAGCGAUAUCCAAAAAAGUUGAUCCAAACAUACUCCGUAUUUCCCAAUAAUGAGGAGUUUUCUGAUGUGGUUGUUCAACCAUAUAACAGUAUGCUAACUUUAAGAAGACUGACUAGUAAUGCAGACUGUGUGAUCGUGUUGGAUAAUGCUGCUCUGAACCGGAUUGCGUGUGAUCGGCUUCAUGUUCAGAAACCUACAUUCACACAGACAAAUCAAUUGGUAUCAACUGUAAUGUCUGCAAGCACAACAACACUUCGUUAUCCUGGUUAUAUGAAUAAUGAUCUUGUUGGGAUGAUUGCAUCACUAAUUCCCACACCUAAAUGUCAUUAUUUAAUGACAGCAUACACACCUUUUACGAGCGAUAAAGUUGAAAAGGCCAAGUCUAUACGUAAAACGACGGUACUUGAUGUCAUGAGAAGGCUAUUACAACCAAAAAAUAAGAUGGUUUCAAUUAAUCCUUCAAAAAAAAGUUGUUAUAUUUCUGUCUUGAACAUUAUUCAAGGGGAAGCUGACCCGACUGACGUGCACAAAUCUUUACUACGGAUUCGUGAGCGUCGGUUGGCUCAAUUCAUUCCAUGGGGUCCGGCUAGUAUUCAGGUAGCCCUAACAAAAAAGUCACCUUAUGUUCAGACGUCACAUAGAGUAAGCGGGUUGAUGUUGGCAAAUCAUACCAGCAUUGCUUCACUUUUGAAGCGUACAUGUGAUCAUUAUGAUCGUUUCAGAAAACGCGGUGCUUUUCUAGAGCAAUAUAGAAAAGAGGAUAUGUUUGCAGAUAACUUGGAUGAAUUUGACGUUGCCAGAGGUUGUACAAGAUUUGAUAAAUGA